CUAAUGCUCCGAAAUACGGGUGAAUUUGUAAGCUUUCACUUUCGUUUCUGGUUAGGCAGCACACACGGAAGAUUAUUUCGGUGAGAAAUCGUGAGCUUUCAAACCGAAACCGUUUUCACACAUUGAGCUGUCAGUGGGACACUCACGCUCCCCUACCUAAAAAAGACUGACCUGGUCCCGAGGACCGAUAGGAGCCGAAGGCUGAAACUUUGUUCCCAGAUUUGGAAAGCCAAGGGAUGGCCGGAUUCCCCGUGUUGGUAGAAGGUCUGCCAGUCCAGCUGGACUCUGUCAAAAGUAAAUUAGCCAUUUAUUUCCAAAGCAAAAAGAAAUCCGGUGGAGGAGAGUGUGAGAUCAGAGCACACCAAGAGCAGGGGAAGUUCCUCGUGUGUUUUAAAAAUGAAGAAGUGCAGAAAAAUGUUGUGAAGAAUGAGUUCCACACAGUUCAGCUAUUCGGCCCACAGCCAGCCAAGCUUCAGGUCACGCUCUAUGAGUGGAGCAGUAGCGGAGGGAGUUCUGUGAGCCCCAUAGGAGUGACAGCAGACUCCAACAAAGAGCCAACAAUAAUACAAAACCAACUGUUGACCAGUUCACAAAAUCACAACAAAAAUGACCAGAGCCCAGCAAAUGGAUUUCAAAAUCAAGGAUCCCCAGAUCCAGAGGAAGAGUCAGUUUCUAAGUCCUCUGAGAAAGAGGAAGGCCAUUCCACCCAGCUGUUUGUUAGCAGUGACUGUCCAGUUUCCACGGAUGUUAUUGAAAUGUACUUUGAAAGAUUUGUAUCAGAUGUGGAAAUCUCUGAAAAUGACGAACGCUCUUGGUUUCUUAUCUGCCCAAGCAGUGAUGACGUGGAAAAAAUAAUUUCACAAAAGCAGCACAAGCUGGGUGGCAAAACUCUGAAAGUGCAAUUAUAUGAGAAAGAUAAAGAAGAUGAAAAGUAUGAGCCUCGAACAUUUCUUCUGAGGGGUUUUGAUGUUAACUCGAGGUUAGAGCAUAUUUCACUGUACGUUGACAGCCUCAGCAAUAACACACAGCAUCAUAUUGAACCUUUGCAGGAUGGUGAAACAGUAGCGGUCACUUUUGAAACUGAUAUAGAUGCCAACUCCUUUCUGCAGAACUGUUGUCAGAAGCCAUUUGAAAGCCAUCGUAUCACUGCCCAGCGUCUGGCCAAGACAAAUUCAGUGCAGAUAGAAGGAAUUCAUCCCAAUUGCAGUGAUGAGGUCCUGGAUUUGUACUUUUCAAAUACCAAACGCAGCGGUGGUGGGGAAAUCACAGAUAUCAUUUUUAAAAGAGUUACAAUGACAGCUAUUGUUUAUUUUCAAGAUCAUGAGGUGGUAAGAAGAGUUACUGAAAGGAAACAUUCCUUAAAGGGUCUUCAGCUGACAGUUAGUCGUUAUUACCAUGAUCUGCAAUUAUCUUUGUAUGGAAAUAAUGGCCCAAAAAUCAAACAGCCUGAACAGUGUGAUAUCUGCAUCAAUCCCACACUUCUAAGCUAUAUCAAGAAGACUCAUCUCUAUAAACAAGAGUUAGAAGAAAUUGCAAAGGAUGUGUAUUGUCACAUUGCCUUUACAGACUCUCCAAUGUCAAAGCAAAUUAUUCUGAAGCCUUCUUUUGGUGCAGAUAUAUUGUUGUGCUAUAAAAUUGCUAAAGACUGGAAGAAGCAUGCUGAAGAGGCAGUUUGGAAAUUCAUCAACAAGUUUGACUUCAGAGACUUUCCAAUUGAUAAAAAUUUGUGGGGAAAAGUCGAGAACAAAAGCAGAGGAUUGAAAGCACCUGGCUUUGAUGUUCUUUACUGUUCUACAGAAAACAAGAUUGUUGUUGUUGGGGAACAAGAUAAAGUUUCGGACACAUCCAGAAAACUACAAGAAAUAUUGGAAAAGGCAAAAAGAGAAUUGGAAGUUGAAAGGAAUACUGUUGAAGAGCAAAUUUUAUUGGAAAGUCUUGAGGAGUUGGAAUUCAUGCAAAGCCAUGUCAAAUAUACUGUUCCCUCUGUGAAAAUAUCCACCAGCACAACUCCCCCAGCAUUAAAACUGACAGGAUUGAAGGAGGAAGUUGGCCAAGUUCACAAGGUCAUCAGUGAGUUUCAGUUCCAAUUAGAAAGGAAGCCUCUCAAUCAGUCUUCACACCUGAUAGGUUUUAUCAAAUCGUUAGACCUUAAGAAAUUUGUGCAAACUCACUUCAUUCAAAAAGGCAUCAAGGCCACAUUGCUGCAUAAACAGUCUGUUGAGCUCUUGGCUGUCAAGGCAGAUGUAAAGAAAGGAGAAGAUAAAAUAAAGCAACUUUUCCAGGAAGUAAGGAUUGACUUCACCCCACAGCAAAUCAACGUCGCCAAAGCUGACAAAUGGAAACGGUUCCUUGAUGAUUUGAAGUUCAACUUGAAGUCCAAAGAUGUGGGCUGCACAAUCAUAGAGGAGAAAAAUCAAGCUGCUGUAAUAAUCGUAGGAUAUUCAGAUGUUGUUUCUGAUGUUGAAAAAAUGAUAAAUAGUUACCUGGACAAUAAGCAGGUGAUCGUGCAACAUAUUCCUGCCUCAUUGAUGCAGGUGGAGUAUAUGGAAAGUUCCUCGAGUCUCACAGAACUGCCUGAAAUCCAAAACAAAGGCAUCAUAGUAUCAUAUAUCAGAACGGCUUCUCCAGGUCUGAAAGUAUCUGGUGCAGCAGAGCAUUUAAAGGAGGCAGUUUCUGCUAUUGAAGAUAAGUUGUCACUGAUUCAGUCAGUAACCUGCAUUUACAACAAACCAGGAGAGGCCAGAGCCCUGUCUGAAAACAAGGACGUCCUGGAAGUCAAGGCUAAAAGCCAUGGGUGUAUGUUGUUAAUUCAAACUGAGGAAGAAGGUCAGGGUUCACUGAGCCGCCCAGAACUUUUAAUUGAAGAUAAACAAAGCUUCAAGUCACCAAUGUCUUUUCCUCAAGCUCAAUGGAGAGGUUUGUUGCCUACACAGCUGACAAUCCAUAAUGUUGUUGUGGAGGUGAAGCAAGGAGACAUAACCCAGGAACGCGUGGAUGCAAUAGUGAAUUCCACAAAUACAACACUGGACCUCAAUUCCGGUGUCUCUGGGGCAAUAUUUGCAGCGGCUGGCAGUACUGUCAUGGGUGAAUGCAAACAAUUGGGUUCUCAGCCUAAUGAUGGUGUUGCAAUUACCGGAAGUGGAAAUCUUGCCUGCGAUUACAUCAUUCAUAUGGUCGGCCAAGCUAAUCCAGCCAUGAUAAGAGCCUCAGUAGAAAAAGUAUUGCAGGAAUGUGAACUAAAUCAGAUUACCACAGUAUCUUUCCCUGCUCUAGGAACAGGUAUAGGAAGAGUGAAGCCGCAGGAUGCUAUUGAAAGUAUGUUGACUGGAUUUGGAAAUCAUUUAUUACAAAACAAGCCAUCGGCGAUUAGAUUCAUUUACAUUGUUGUCUUCGAUCGUAAAGUGUACGAUGUUUUUUCUGAUGUCUUCCAACAAAAAUCACAACAGACGUUGAAUUCUACAGAACUAAAUGUUGGCAAAGUAAAAGUGGUAGCUGUUCAAGGUGACAUCACAGCAGAACAGACUGAUGCGAUUGUAAACAGCACAACUGUCAACCUUAACCGAAAGAAUGGGGUUUCUGGUGCUAUUCUAAAAGCAGCCGGCCAAUCAGUCAUGGAUGAAUGUAGUCAACUGGGAGUCCAAAGCAGUGCCAGUGUUGUUACGACAAAAGCAGGAAAUCUCCAAGUAAAAUACAUUCUACAUCUGGUUGAGUGGUCUCAAGGAAAAAAUGCAAAAGCAUCAUUUGACAAAGUUUUGAAGCAAUGUGAAAAUCUAAAAAUAAGUUCAGUGUCUUUUCCAGCAGUAGGAGCAGGACAUGCAGGAAUGAAGCCUAGUGAUGUUGCGAGUGCACUGCUGGAUGCAAUAAAUGAUUAUGUGUUAGACUUCGUUCAACCUUCACUGUCUUUGAUAAGGAUUAUUUUGUCCAAACCACGGAUGAUGGAUGCAUUUCGCCAAUGUAUGGAGGAGCAUUUCAGAGUUUCACAGCCUGCAGCACAAAUGACUUUUUCGGUGAAGCCUGUUCCUGCCACCAAAACUUUUCUUGCUGCCAACUCUGUUCUUGCCACCAAAACGGUUCCUGCAGUCAAACCUGUUUAUCCAAUCAUUCUGAGUGCAGCAAAGAGUUUGAUUGGCAUAGUUGAGGUAUAUGGCAUGACGAAGAAUGAUAUUGCUAAGGCUCAGAAGUAUGUUGAAGAUCUAAUUAAAAAAAAAUGCCAAAGCAAAGCCAUAUGCAAUGAAUAUGCAGCCUGCUUCUCAGAUGAUGAAAGAAAACAAAUCGUAGAUCUCUGUCAAAAGCAUCAACUGAAAGUUGAAAUUCAGCAAACAAAAAUAACAAUAGAUGGGCACAAUACCGAUGUUCUGGAAUCCUUUAUGGAAGUGAAUUCUAUGCUGCAGGCUGCCAAAGGAAGAGAGGAUAGAAAGCAGGAAGAGACUCAUAUGAAGAAGAUUGUUCAGUGGGAGUUUGUGCAUAAUGGAACAGUUCAACCUUAUGAUCAAUCUUUAAACUGCGACCUUGAGAAAGCUUACCUGGAUAAAAAGAAAACCUUAGUUUGCAUGAAAAAUGGGACAACGUGCACUGUUGACUUUGACAAGAUGCAAGAAAAAGAUUCAAAAGGAAACUUAGUGGAUAUUAAGAGAAGACUUCUUGAAGCAGCCAAACUCGAACUCCCAACAAGUUGGAUUGACAUGAAAGAUCAGGAAGUUUUAAUGGUUACUCUUCAGGCAAGUACAACAGAAUACACAGAUGUAGCAGCGACAUUCGAGAAAUCUUGUCAGAACAUAACUGUCGACAUAGUCAAGAUCGAAAGGAUUCAGAAUCGCAAGCUUUGGCUAAGUUAUUCUAUCAGGAAAGAAACUGCACAAAGAAAGAAUCCCGGGCUAAAUGUUGAGCAGAUCCUUUAUCAUGGGACCACAAAGGAAAUUUCCCAAAAAGUGAACAAAACUGGCUUCAACAGAAGCUUUUGCGGGAGAAAUGCCACUUCCUAUGGAAAAGGAACUUACUUUGCCUUGAAUGCCUCGUAUUCAUGUAAAAAGAUAUACGCCAACCCUGAUUCUGACGGAUGCCAAUACAUUUAUCAAGCACGAGUGAUUACUGGGAAGAAAUGCAGAGGACAACAGAAUAUGCUGGAACCAACACCAGUAAAUGUACAACAGGACCCAACAGACCUUUGCGACUGUGCAGUGGAUAAGUUAUCUAAGCCCACUAUUUUUGUUGUUUUUUGCGAUGAUGGAGCAUAUCCUGAGUACUUGAUAACCUUCAAAACAAAGACAGUAUGAAUCAGAAGCACGCUGUCCAGCAACCAUGAUUUCACUGCAAUUUAUUAGAAUGUCAGUCAUAUUUUUGGUAAAUCCAGCAUAGCUCAAGUUGCAGCAUAUACUUUAAUGAUCUGUUCAGGACACUGUCAUGUGUCAGGUUGCCAGUGGGCACUCUUUCCAACCUAAGGCGAAACAGCAUAACCUUAGAAGACAAAGAUUAAUCAUAAUCUAGGAUGUUGAAUAUGGGGGAGGUUAGGCAUUGUCAGGGACCCAUAGAAAUGGUCUGCCCCCACCCCCGCCAACCCAUGACUUAGACUCUGAUGUUUUGGGUGCAUAUACCUUUCAGGGUGAAAUAUCCCAACCUGUCUUUUUCUCUAUGGAUGCUAAUAGAUCUGCUGUAUAUUUGCAGCAUUUUCUGUUUUUACUUCAUUUCACAUCAGAGCCAAUGUGGUUACCAAAGUAAGGAGACAAUCAUUUUGGGCUGGAGGCAAACAAUGAGAUGGCACAGCAGUCGAUCACUCACUCCCCUCAUGACAAUUUUGAAAAAGCAUCCUGUGCUCAUCUGUACUCAAGUCCAUGCCAAAUUCUUAGUGUAUAUGUACAAAAAUUUGAGUUAUAUCUUGUCAUCUCUGGAUGUUGGCAUGGCACCUAAUUUACACAAGACUUUUGCCUAAAUAUGUUCGGUUACCAGAGCGACACAAUUCAUCCAAAUAGGGAAAAACAGCCGAAGAUAUAAGGGAGAACAGGCACACCAGUGUGAGGAGUUAAUCCAAUUACAUUUUAAUAGCAAUUGUCCUUUAGGAUAAGCUGUUUUAGAAUAUAUUGCAAGCAUUAUGGUUGAAACUAUUUUGCAGGAUGACUAAAUUGCUUUACUGUUAAAUUAACUUCUCUGCAAUUCCAUAUUAUAAACUAAACAUCUUAUUCUGAAGUGCAAUCAGUUGUGGUGGGACUCCCUCUGAGCAAGUUGUCAUUGUAAACAUCACUGUCAGUGAUUUUGUUUAUAUACAUUUAAUUUAAUAAAACACAAGUCCACA